AUGACCACCACCAUCUCCCCAGAGGACGUAAACCGUCUAUCCUCGUUCCUCGCGCACGAACAGAUCCAGAUCCCCACAACGACACCCACCCCGCCAGCAGCCGACUGCAUCGUGAUCUGCGUAUCCGCGAUUCUCGACGCCGCGGAGACGGUCUUCACGCACCUCGAACAAUGCCCGACGCUGACGAAGACGCUCGUCCUGUGCGGCGGGAUCGGCCACUCGACGCCGUUCCUGUACGAUGCCGUCGCGCGUCACCCGCGCUUCGUCCAUCUGGCGGCCGAUAUCCAAGGAUUGCCAGAGGCCCGCGUGCUGCAUUGCCUCUUCACGCGGUGCUUUGAUGCCGAGCGGAUCCAGAGCGCCGGGUGUCGGGUUCUGGUCGAAGACGGGUCGACGAAUUGUGGUGCGAAUGCGAUCUUCACGAAGGAGUUGCUGCGUCGGAGUGGCGUCGAGGUUGGGUCUGUGCUUGUGGUGCAGGAUCCCACCAUGGCACGCAGGACGGUCGCGUCGUUUGAGAAGGUCUUUGCUUCGACGGGGACAGAGUCUCCGAGGUUCGCGAGUUGGCCGGUCUUUGUCCCCAGAGUGGCUCUGCAGGCAGGGGAGUUGGUGUAUAAUGUCCCUGGGAUUCCGGCGGAUCGGUUGUGGAGUCUGCCGAGGUUCUUGGGGCUGAUAGUGGGUGAGAUUCCUCGGCUGAGGGAUGAUGCGGAGGGAUAUGGGCCGAAGGGGAAGGGGUUUAUUGCGCAUGUGGAUAUACCGGAGGAGGUGGAGGCGGCGUGGGAGAGGGUGAAGGGGUUGGAUAUGGCAAGGAGAUAA